UUGUUUUGGAGGCAGAACUCACUGUGCAUCUGUGCAGACCCCAAGCACGGACAUGGGGGCUUCCUUUUCACCAAUAGGGAUGCCAGACCUGCUGCACCUACGGAAAUGGGCAAUGCCAGGAAGAAUAUCUCCUCCCAUUGGACUAAACUGUCCCGGAAAACUGCCCGGGAGACCGAAAGGCACAGAGACUCGGUCCAGACAGUUUGAAGACAGAAAAAUACAAAUGGCUUCUCUGUGUAUGGAGGCAAUGAGUGCGUGUGGGCGUGCAAUUACUUGUGCCGAUGCUGCAACCAGCUUUCUGAGGGCUGCGAGAUCCGGGAACCUGGACAAAGCCUUGGACCACCUGAGGAAUGGGGUAGAUAUUAACACCUGCAAUCAGAACGGGCUGAACGCCCUGCAUCUGGCCUCCAAGGAAGGCCACGUGAAGAUGGUGGCUGAGCUGCUGCACAAGGAAAUCGUUUUAGAAACGACAACCAAGAAGGGGAACACGGCCCUGCACAUCGCAGCCCUGGCAGGACAGGAGGACGUGGUCCGGGAGCUGGUGAACUAUGGGGCAAACGUCAAUGCGCAGUCGCAGAAAGGCUUCACGCCCCUCUACAUGGCAGCGCAGGAAAAUCACCUGGAAGUCGUCAAAUUCCUGCUGGAAAGCGGCGCCAACCAAAAUGUAGCCACAGAGGACGGCUUCACGCCGCUGGCCGUCGCUCUGCAGCAGGGGCAUGAGAACGUGGUCGCCCACCUCAUCAACUAUGGGACGAAGGGGAAGGUCCGUCUGCCCGCCCUGCACAUCGCUGCCCGCAACGAUGACACCAGAACGGCCGCGGUGCUCCUGCAGAAUGACCCCAACGCCGACGUCCUCUCCAAGACCGGAUUUACCCCCCUGCACAUCGCGGCUCACUACGAGAACCUCAACGUGGCCCAGCUCCUGCUGAACCGCGGUGCUAGCGUCAACUUCACCCCACAGAACGGGAUUACUCCGCUGCAUGUGGCCUCCCGCCGGGGCAACGUCAUCAUGGUGCGGCUGCUGCUGGACCGAGGGGCCCAGAUAGAGACAAGGACCAAGGACGAGCUGACUCCCCUGCACUGUGCAGCCAGGAAUGGACACGUGCGAAUCAUGGAGAUCCUGCUGGACCACGGGGCUCCCAUCCAAGCAAAAACCAAGAACGGCCUGUCGCCCAUUCACAUGGCGGCUCAGGGGGACCACCUGGACUGCGUGCGGCUGCUGCUGCAGUACAACGCUGAGAUCGACGACAUCACGCUGGACCACCUCACGCCGCUGCAUGUGGCCGCGCACUGCGGGCACCACCGCGUGGCCAAGAUGCUGCUGGACAAGGGGGCCAAGCCCAAUGCCCGAGCACUGAAUGGCUUUACGCCCCUGCACAUCGCCUGCAAGAAGAACCACAGCCGGGUGAUGGAGCUGCUGCUGAAGACUGGUGCCUCCAUCGAUGCUGUCACGGAGUCUGGCCUGACCCCUCUGCACGUGGCCGCUUUCAUGGGGCACCUGUCCAUCGUCAAGAUCUUGCUCCAGCGCGGCGCGUCCCCCAACGUCUCCAAUGUGAAGGUGGAGACACCCCUGCACAUGGCAGCCAGAGCCGGGCACACGGAUGUGGCCAAGUACCUGCUGCAGAACAAAGCCAAAGUAAAUGCCAAAGCCAAGGAUGACCAGACUCCGUUGCACUGCGCCGCACGCAUUGGCCACACGAGCAUGGUGAAGCUUCUGCUGGAGAACAACGCCAACCCCAACCUGGCCACCACAGCCGGGCACACACCCCUGCACAUCACUGCCCGGGAGGGGCAUGUGGACACCGCCCUGGCACUGCUGGACAAGGAGGCCUCGCAGGCCUGCAUGACCAAGAAAGGAUUUACCCCUCUCCACGUUGCAGCCAAAUACGGGAAGGUGGAUGUGGCCAGGGUGCUGCUGGAGCAUGAUGCCCACCCCAAUGCGGCAGGGAAGAACGGCCUGACCCCGCUGCACGUGGCUGUCCACCACAAUAACCUGGAGAUCGUGAGGCUGCUGCUGCCCAAGGGGAGCUCCCCGCACUGCUCAGCCUGGAACGGCUACACCCCCCUGCACAUUGCAGCCAAGCAGAACCAGCUGGAGGUGGCCAGCAGCCUGCUGCAGUACGGGGCCUCUGCUAAUGCUGAGUCCAUGCAGGGCGUGAUGCCUCUGCACCUCGCUGCCCAGGAGGGGCACGCAGACAUGGCGGCGCUGCUCAUCUCCAAACAGGCCAAUGGGAACCUGGGCAACAAGAGUGGCCUGACUCCUCUGCACCUGGUAGCCCAAGAGGGGCAUGUGCCAGUCGCGGAUGUUCUGAUCAGACAUGGUGUCACGGUGGAUGCAGCAACCCGGAUGGGCUACACCCCGCUGCACGUGGCCAGCCAUUACGGGAACAUCAAGCUGGUGAAAUUUUUGCUGCAGCACCAGGCAGAUGUCAAUGCAAAGACCAAGCUAGGGUUCACCCCUCUGCAUCAGGCCGCGCAGCAGGGUCACACAGAUAUUGUCACGCUGCUGCUGAAGCACAGGGCCUCCCCCAACGAGGUCAGCACGAAUGGCACCACGCCCCUGGCCAUCGCUAAGCGCCUCGGCUACAUCUCUGUCACGGACGUGCUAAAAUUAGUUACAGAAGAAACCAGCAUCCCGUUGGUCAGUGACAAGCACCGCAUGAGCUUCCCUGAGACAGUAGAUGAGAUCCUGGAUGUGUCCGAGGACGAAGGCUCUGCUCAGGUCACUGUCAUGGGGGAGGAGCUGGCUGACCCCAGGCCUGAGAAGCAGGAUUCCAGGGAGCAGGAUGAGGAGAAGGAGAUGGAGUUUGUCCCCAAGCUGGAUCAAGUGGUGGAGUCUCCAGCCAUCCCGCGGAUCCCGUGCGUCACACCUGAGACCAUGGUGGUCAGACGGGAGGAGUCUGAGCAGCCGUCCAAGGAGUUUGACGAAGACUCCCUAAUCCCCAGCAGCCCCGCGACAGAGACCUCGGACAACAUCAGCCCGGUGGCCAGCCCCGUGCACACAGGGUUCCUGGUGAGCUUCAUGGUGGACGCCCGUGGCGGCUCCAUGAGGGGCAGCCGACACAAUGGGCUGCGAGUGAUCAUCCCCCCCCGGACCUGCGCCGCGCCCACCCGCAUCACCUGCCGCCUAGUCAAGCCGCAGAAACUGACAACUCCACCGCCCCUGGCUGAGGAGGAGGGUCUGGCCAGUAGGAUCAUCGCGCUGGGGCCUGCUGGCGCCCAGUUCCUGAGCCCUGUGAUUGUGGAGAUCCCACACUUUGCGUCGUACGGGCGGCGGGAUCGGGAGCUAGUGGUGCUGCGCAGCGAGAACGGCUCCGUCUGGAAGGAGCACCGCAGCCGCUACAGCGAGAGCUACCUGGACCAGGUGCUCAACGGCAUGGACGAAGAGCUGGAGAGCCUGGAGGAGCUGGAGAAGAAGAGGAUCUGCCGCAUCAUCAGCACCGAUUUCCCCCUCUACUUCGUGGUUAUGUCCCGUGUCUGCCAGGACUGCGACCUGAUUGGCCCCGAUGGGGGGUGUCUGAAGAGUACGCUGGUUCCCAUGGUACAGGCCACCUUCCCGGAGACAGCCGUCACCAAGAGAGUCAAACUGGCUCUGCAGGCACAGCCCGUGCCGGAUGAGCUGGUGACGAAGCUGCUGGGGAACCAGGCGACCUUCAGUCCCAUCGUCACCGUGGAGCCGCGCCGCAGGAAGUUCCACCGGCCCAUCGGGCUCCGCAUCCCGCUCCCGCCCUCCUGGAAGGACAAUCCCCGAGACAGCGGGGAGGGCGACACCACCAGCCUGCGCCUGCUCUGCAGCGUUAUCGGAGGCACAGACCAAGCGCAGUGGGAGGAUAUCACAGGAACCACAAAGCUGGUCUAUGCCAACGAGUGUGCCAACUUCACCACCAACGUGUCCGCCAGGUUCUGGCUGGCGGAUUGCCCGCGCACGGCCGAGGCCGUCCAUUUUGCCACCAUGCUGUACAAGGAGCUGACGGCCGUGCCCUACAUGGCCAAGUUCGUGGUGUUUGCCAAGAUGAACAAUGCACGGGAGGGGCGACUGCGCUGCUACUGCAUGACUGACGACAAGGUGGACAAGACGCUGGAGCAGCACGAGAACUUCCAUGAAGUGGCCCGCAGCAGGGACAUUGAGGUGCUGGAGGGGAUGCCUCUGCAUGUUGAGCUCUCGGGGAACCUGGUGCCUGUCAAGAAGGCCACGCAGCAGCGCAGCUUCCACUUCCAGUCCUUCCAGGAGAACCGGCUGGCCAUCCCCGUCAAGGUGCGGGACAGCAGCCGGGAGGCAGGUGGCUCACUCUCCUUCCUGCGCAAGGCCAUGAAGUACGAGGACUUGCAGCAUGUCCUGUGCCACCUGAACAUCACCAUGCCACCAUGCACCAAGGGGACCGGCAGCGAGGAGCGAAGGAGGACUCUGACACCGUUGGCUCUGCGAGAGAGAUACAGCAUCCUCAGUGAGAGCACUCUGGGCUCUCUAAGCGGCACGGAGAAGGCUGACGUGAAGAUGGCUGUUAUCUCGGAGCAACUGGGCCUCAGCUGGGCUGAGCUGGCCCGGGAGCUGCAGUUUGGGGUGGACGAUAUCAACAGGAUCCGGGUAGAGAACCCCAACUCCCUGCUGGAGCAGAGUGUGGCCCUGCUCAACCUGUGGGUCAGCCGUGAGGGCAAGAAUGCCAAGAUGGAGAAUCUGUACGCGGCCCUGAGGAGCAUUGACCGCAGCGAGAUUGUCAACAUGCUGGAGGGCUCAGGCCGGCAGAGCCGCAGCCUGAAGGGCGACCGGCAUUACACUGACAAGGACUAUUCCCUCUCGCCCUCCCAGAUGAAUGGUUACACUUCGCUGCAGGAUGAGCUCCUCUCCCCUGCCUCCCUGCAGUACACGCUGCCGUCCCCGCUGCGUGCAGACCAGUACUGGAACGAGGUGGCCAUCCUGGACGCCAUCCCCAUGGCCCCCACUGAGCAGGACGCCCUGCUGGAGCUGUCCGACAUGCAGGUGUGGUCCUCGGGGCUCACCCCCUCGCUGGUAACUGCCGAAGACUCCUCCCUGGAGUGCAGCAAGGCCGAGGACUCGGACGCCGUGAGUGAAGGCCGCUUCCCGGGGCAGCUGCUGGAUGACGUGCACGGCCCGGACCACCUGGGCUCACUGGAUCUGGCUGAGGACGACACAGUGGAUUCAGAUGCCAUGAAUGGCCUUAUCGACCUGCUGGAGCAGGAGGAAGGUCAGAGGUCAGAGGUGAAACUGCCAGCCUGUGAGCGCCAGGCCGGGCUGGCGGGGGAGCAGGGCUCGGAGGAUGAAGUCUCUUUUGUUUCAGGCCAGCAGAGGGUGCAGGCCAGGAUCCUGGAGUCGCCAACUGUGAGCCGAGUCGUGGAGAGGAGCAAGGGCAGGCUGAGGGACUGGAAUGCAGAAGGCUCCUUUGUCUCCUGCCUGCAGGACCUGCCUGAGGGCUCCUGGCAGGAGGGGGUCCCCAGAAGCCCACGUCUGCUGCCCAGAGCGGCCCCUGGUGCAGCCCCCCAGGGGAGGGGCCAGGAGCAGGUUCUGGGGCCCCCGGCCGAGCGUCUGCGAAUCGACCCCCCCGAGGAGAGCGACUGGCAGCCCCAGCACACGAGGAGCCAGGACUACAGCCAGUGGCUGGAGGAGGCGGAUAGCAGCUUCUUCAGGCAAACAAGGGGCAAUCAGAUUCAGGAUAUUCCGGGGGAGCAGGUGACCGAGGAGCAAUUCACUGACGAGCAAGGCAACAUUGUCACCAAGAAGAUCAUCCGGAAGGUGGUGCGGCGGAUCAGCGCGGGAGACGAGGAGAAGGAGGUGAUUCUUGAGGGCUCUCUGCAGGAGCCCCAGGAGCUGGAAGCUGAGGCAGAUCACUUUAUGAAAUAUGCCAUCCUGCAUCAGGACAGUCUGGGCACCAAGGAUCUCACCUCCACCCCGAACCACUGAACUGCAGCCACGUGCGGCCAGCCCCGCGAGGCGAGGCGAGAGCGGACAGGCGACGGGAGCAGGGCUGGCUGUACACGUUGCUCUAGGCUAAUGGCAUGACUUCUGUAAGAGACUUACUUCCCGUCCUAUUCGCAUGAUUGACUGACUGCCAACGCAUGAGCCACAGUUCUUACUACGGACGGGGACCCCAGGAGCCAGCAGCACCCGGGGCAGCAUUUCCCUGGCAGCGACAGGACUCUGCUGCCUGCACCCUGACUCCGGACGGAGGCUGCGGCUAU